AUGUCUCCUCGUGCACUGCUGUGUGUCUAUUGCUGCUUGUCUGACCAAGCCUAUCGCUCCUCGUGCCCCUCGCCUCCGUCGCUGAGCUUCACUACCGCUGAUGAUACGCCUCGGGCUCGCUGCACGGCGGUGCGCGCGUCAUUGAGAUGCAUUCAUAUCGAUAGCGGUCUCCCUCAGCUGCCUGGCCUGCAUGGCCAGCCUAUGGAGCUCAGCCUCGACAGCUAUGCCAACGCCUAUGACGAGCCAGAUGUUGUGACCUUGCUGGUCCUUGUAUCUUUCAUCCUCUUCCUCAACGUUCCUCGUCAUGUCGGCGACACAUUGCUCCGUGCAGGCCUGCUGGGCGAGCUGCUCGUCGGAUUCAUCUACGAUCGGCCUCUCGCCAACACCCUCCAACCGGUACUCGAGCGAGCUUUCACAGACAUGGGCUAUGUGGCUCUCGUCAGUCUCGCCUUUCAUGGCGGCUUGGAGACUGACCUCGCACAAGCGCGCUCCACAAUCGGUCUAGCUACAUUGCUCGCAUGUAUAGGCGUCGUUGCACCUGUCGGGCUUUCCAUUCUCUUGCUCCACGUCGGGAGUCCGCAAUCCCCAAUUCGCAGGGAUCUAUCGAUGGGCGCACGUACCNNNGAUGAGCAGCAAUCCCCAAUUCGCAGGGGUUUGUCGGCAAGUGCGGCAAGGAGUGGGAAGAAGAAUUGGGCGCGCCUUUUAUCGCGGUCUGAAGUGCAGAUCCUUUCAGGCCAUUUGAGCGCCGAGCCUGGCUCCUCCAGAAUGGACGACGCCGAGCAGUCGACCAGUGGCAAAUACACCGAUCGCAAGAUGGUGCCCGGGCAUCGAAUCAAGCAACCUACUUCGACUCAUCCGAAUGAAGACAUUACAUUUGUGUCUUGUCUACGGGACCCAUCGCUAUCCGAUCAAGACAGGGCGAUGAAGCUCAUGAACGGCCUGGCUGCCCAGUUCAGACGUAUGACGAGAGCGAGAUACUAUACGUGUAAUUCGCUCGAAGAGGCUCCCUACAACACCGAAUUUCUGGGCCGCAAUUGGAACAAGGGCGAAGUGAUUGAAAUUGUGUUACGCAAUGUCGACGGCAGCUUCCGACCUUUUGGCUCGCUCGUCGCCAUCAUGUGCCACGAGCUUGCCCACAAUGUGCACUCCAAUCACGGUCCCAAUUUUCAGAAACUUGACAAGGAACACCGCGAAGAGAUCAAAGCGGCUCAAGGACAAGGCUACUUUGGCGAGGGCUUGUGGUCAGAUGGCAGACAGCUCGAAACCAACGAUCGCGUUGCAGGUGAGAACCAUUUAGCACAUUACGAUAUGGACCAGUAUCUCUGCGCCGGUGACGGAUCCAAGAAGCGGAAGAGUGCAAAACCUUCAAGGCGUCGUUCAAGAUGGUACACACGCAGACCUGACAAGUACUCUGGCUCGGGAAGACCAGGCGGUCGAAAGGCCAAAGCGGGCAGCAAGAACAACAAAAAGGGCGCCUUUGCAGGCGAAGGUCAGACACUGGAUGCAGACGAAUCCUUUUUUCGCAAACGCGCGCAAAGUCAGACGGCCAAAGAGCUUCGAGCUGAAGCGGCAGAAAGGAGGCUGGCCGGUCUCCCGCCGGCUGGAAGUAUCAACGGACCCAUUGCUGGUGCCUCCUCUGCUGGCAAGAAGAUCCAGCGUGACAUAGAGGAUCUUUCAGCAUCUUCUGAAUCAGAUGACGAUGCAGGCGUAUACGGUUCGGGUGUACCCGUCUGGUCAGCUAGUGGAGAAUCAGACGACGACAUCGAAGAGGAUGCCUUGCAUUCUGUUCGGACGAACGGCACUUUGUCUACGCGUGCGGGUCCGAGCUCAAGCAGAAAGCUGAUUCAGCCAAAGAUUUCGCUCAUAGGCGCCAAGUCGAAUGGCAAAUCGACCGGCAAGUCCAAAGCUGAGUCAAAACGAAAAGUGCAGACAAAGGACGAAGCCCGUGCAAGCACACCAGGCUUUAUCGUGAUCGAUAGCAGCGAGGACGGCGACUCGGAAGGCGUGCCUGAGCAGCCUGCGAAGCGAUCGCGACGGGAUUAGGAGCGGUGUUCCUGGUUCGUUCUUGUUGAUUGUACAACAUACUGCACUGUAGACCUCAGUGAUCUUCUAAUCUACGAUAGCAAGCAAGAUACUUGUCGCCAGAAUUGCGCUCUACUUUCUUGCCCUCUUCGGUACUCGUUCGCACGAGUUCGACAAUCUUGUCAUUCCUGAGCUCUUCGUCCGGUAUCCUCUCGAAGAGGGGAAAGGCAUCGAGAUGCUUGACCAUCCACUCGUGAAGAUCCUUGACAUCCGUAAUCGUAUAGACGAUUCCUCCCGGCCGAAGCACGUACGCAUAUUCU